CACACACACACACACACUUGCCGCUCCUGCUGUAGUGUUACAGGCGCGCGGCUAAGGCUGUUGUAGCUCCAUAUUGUUUAUAUUAGUUUGCUGGACUGUCGCGUGCAGCACGGAAUAACGGUCGCAGCAUCCUCGCGCAGGAGUUAAGCACGGAGCGUGAAGCGGUUUUGUUGAGGAUUUGGAGUGAAUACAGCCGAUCGAGUGCAGGGGAGGACACGGCAGAGCCAUCACCAUGUGCAUUUGACAAAUACACGGGGGCCAUACAGGCGUGCUGAUGAGGAUGACGAUGGUGAGUGAGCUCUUGCCGUAGUGUCUGAUGCUUUGGUAAUAAUGGACAUCCCCAAUGGCCAGCCCAGCAUCUCCACCUUCACGACCCCGGCCUCAGAGAGGAGCAGCAGUUCAGAGUCCCUCAGUGAGAAGGGCCCAUCUGAGCUCAAGAGCUUUGACGCGGUGGUCUUCGACGUGUUGAAGGUCACGCCAGAGGAAUAUGCUGGUCAGAUCACUCUUAUGGAUGCUCCAGUGUUCAAAGCCAUUCAACCUGAGGAGCUCUCUAGUUGUGGCUGGAACAAAAAGGAGAAGCACAGUUCAGCGCCGAACGCUGUGGCCUUCACACGACGCUUUAACCAGGUGAGUUUCUGGGUCGUGAGGGAGAUUCUUCAUGCUCAAACCCUGAAGAUCAGAGCAGAAGUUUUGAGCCUCUAUAUCAGAACAGCAAAGAAACUAUGUGACAUGAAUAGUCUCCAUGCCGUGAUGGCGGUAGUAUCUGCUUUACAGAGCGCCCCUAUCUUCAGGCUCUCCAAGACCUGGGCUCUUUUAAGUCGGAAGGACAAGGCCACAUUUGAGAGGCUGGAAUAUCUGAUGUCUAAAGAAGACAACUAUAAACGCUUGAGAGAUUUCAUCAGCAGCCAGAGCAUGACAUCCUGCAUCCCGUAUCUGGGUAUAUAUCUGUCCGAUCUGACCUACAUCGAUUCGGCGUAUCCCUCCACUGGCAGCAUUCUUGAAAACGAACAGCGUUCCAACCUCAUGAACAACAUUCUGAGAAUCAUCUCAGACCUGCAGAGAUCCUGUGAAUAUGAUAUCCCAGUAUUGCCGCAUGUCCAGAAGUAUCUCAACUCUGUUCGCUACAUUGAGGAGUUACAGAAGUUUGUGGAGGACGACAAUUAUAAGUUGUCCCUAAAGAUUGAGCCACCAGCUACCAGCACACCUCGCACCACUGCCUCGAGAGAAGACCUCACAGGUCCAGACACAUCUGCGUCACCGUUAUGUUGUCGUCGUGGUAACGUUGCAGAGGGCGCCCUGCCUAAAGUCCCACCAACGCCCCCCUCACCCCGGAACCUCAUCACCUACGGACACAGGAAGUGCCACAGCCUUGGCUACAAUUUUAUCCACAAAACAAACACGGUGGAGUUUAAAAGCGCAACGUUCCCCAACGCCGGAUCCAGACAUCUGCUGGACGACAGUGUGCUGGAGAGUCACACACCCACACGUGGGCAGGCAGAGAGCUCAACGCUGUCUAGUGGCAUUUCACUGGGAAGCAGUGAAGGCUCAGAGCUCAGUGAGGAGAUGUCUUGGCCUGCCUUUGAGAGGACUCGAUUCUACCACUCUCUGGGCCCAGUCAGCAGAGUGGGCCGCAUCUCCUGCAGAGGAGCGCUCAGGUCCAGCAGCUCUGCUGAGUCAGAGGAGCUGGCGGUGCAUCUUUACCCAGGAGCCGUCACAGUUCAGGGGGUCUUACGCAGGAAAACAGUCCUCAAGGAAGGCAAGAAACCCACGGUGGCAGCGUGGACUAAGUAUUGGGUGGCUCUUUGUGGAACUCAGCUCUACUAUUACACUGCCAAGUCCCUCAAGGCCACAGAGAGGAAGCAUUUCAAGUCCACCGCCAGCAAAAGUGUUUCUGUUUUGGGCUUAAUGGCCAUGAUGGCAGACGACCCGGAGCAUCCCGACAUCUUCCUGCUGACCGACUCGGAGCACGGAAACUCGUAUAAGUUCCAGGCAGGGAACAGAAUGAAUGCUCUGCUGUGGUUCAAACACUUGAGUGCAGCUUGUCAAAGCAACAGGCAACAGGUCCCGGCGAAUCUAAUGUCCUUCGAAUAAAUGAGACCAUGCCGAAUCAAAGACAUGGAGAGUCGGUGAGCGGCUGGAUGACAAGAGAGCAGAAGAGUAUGAGGAACGCUGGGAAUGGAGGAGAGACCUGAGAUGAAUAAAAGAGCAAAUGACUCGUGUUUCUGUGUUGCGAUGGAGCUUUCCCACUGCCAUCACCCAGCCUGAACCCCACAGCAAACUCCUCGAGCACCACUGCCUUAACAAGCAGAGUGUGAGUGAAUGUGUGUGUGUGUGUGUGAACGAGCAACGGUGUCCCCUCCGCUGCUCUCACUCCUUUUACAUUUUAUUUACACUUCCUCCAUCAUUCAUCUGAUUCCCAAUGAUUGCAAAUGAGGAUCUUGGACUCUUCAUGGACCUCUGGAGUUUGUUUACACCUUCUUUACCUUGUGCGUUUUGCUUGUGUUUUAUGUAUUAACUGCUUGUGAAUCUAAUCGGCGCUUCUCCUCCUUUGACAAAACACACCCAGGAAACUCUCCAACCCCCGAAACACAUUCGCAGAAAAGUCGAUCGUGUGAUCGCACACUUGAAUUAGGCUCAUGCAAGCAUGGCGAGAUUUUCCACAAGCAGGUUUAACUGCAGGAAAUGGAAGACCCUCGUUUAUUGACACGCAACCAGAAAGGGCUCCGAUACUCAAUGAAUUCCAGACUGAAUGUUUCUAUUCUUUUUUACGGAUUCUGUAGCCCUUUUUUUAGCUCAUAUCCACACAAACAUUUGUUUGUUUUUGCUAGAAGGUUUGUAGGAAGAAAAGAUUGAGAAAUGAAGAUGUUUGAAGCCUCGUCCAGCUUCAAAACAUCAGCAAUAAGUACCGGUUUACACCAAUUCAAACAAAUUCGCUUCUGGAUUCACAGUAAGAGUCGACUAGGAGGACACGCGUACAUAUAUACACUUUUCAAGCUGUGAAUGUUAGUGGACGCAGAGGUUUACAUCUCCAAAACUUGUAUUUAGUCCUAUUAUGUUUAGUUUUUUUCCCAGUGAAGCAGUGGUUUCUCAAUGGGAUGUUGUGAUUGGUGGGAGAUGGAGCAGGAGACAAGGCACUUGUGUUGUGAUGUUUUGCUUUUAUUUUAUAAUUUUAUUUCAGUAUUACUGGGAUAGUUGCACAUGUCUAGACUAUUUUAAUUGUCUGUUACAUUAACAUGUUACAUUUCGAAAGUUACGCCAGCUCAACAGUUUCUGCUUCUUCUUGUUGAGCCGUUAAGGUUCUUGUUUGCUCAGUUAGAGAACAGCUUUAUCAGUUUAUAUGGGGAACAAAUGAUCCGGACCAUGAUGUCUCAGGAUGUUUCAUUAAAUGUGUCCGUCUUUAUCUUUCAAGUUUAUGGUGACUAGAUCCCGUUCUUCUGCUUUCCAUGGACUGGUUUAUUUCUCCAAGCUCAGCUCUAAUGUUUCCAUUUGUGUGGAACGUCAAAUGAAGAUUCAGAGUCUUAAACCCUCUUGAGAGUAGGAGAAAGGAGAUAUUGGGCAAUAAAUGAAUCCACAAAUCCAACUUUGCUUGGAUGAUGAGCUCAAGAAACUUCUUCCAGAGUGUCAAAGUGCUGCAGCGACCAACAAUAAUAAACCAAAUUGACAUGAAUAAAUGGUAAUGGAGGAGUUGGCAUCAGGUUUGGCUUUGUUAAAAAGCUAUCGUAGAGCUGAGGUAGAGGAAGGCUUGCGUUGCUUUUCUUCGUUAAACAGAAUAUUUUAUUCUGGUGAGGCGUCUUUGAAGCACAGCACAGGCUACACUGAGACAUUUGAGAAAUGCUGGUUGUGACAGAUGAGCUGAUCCGGGGUAGUUUGCGUAUGUUCUGAGCCUUUAAUAUCAGGUAUUAGCACUUUGGGUUGUGAAAAAAGCUCUGAGAUCUGCCACAUUAAAGAGACGUGAUGCAGAUAAAAGCAACGCGAGUCGGUUGAAAAGCUGUUGACUAAGUGUUUACAUGAUUGGAGGAGUGUUAUUUUGGCUCAAACUGAAAUUCGGAGGCUGGUUUACAGGCAGAGAAGCUUCAGAGGAUCUUGUGUGGUCGUAACCAGCCAAAUGAACUUGGCACAAAGGUGUUGAAGUGGGAAAUGUUCCUAAUUAAAUGAAGUGGAAGAGUGCCUGUAUGCUCGUAAACAUCACUGAUGUAUGCAUCUUGACAAGUCACCAACCUUUACCAACGAGGACUUGGACCAAGGUAAAUUACAAUGUGAUUGACAUUGUUUAGCUUUCUUUCUCUGAAAUGUUCCUUAGACAUGGAUGACGGUUGACGUUAUGGAAGAGUUCAUAAACGGAGACAGAAGAACAGUGGGAAACAUGACUAAGCUGCCUCUGUUAUGAAAUAUACAUUUUUGGACCUUUUUAAUUUUUUUCUGGAUUUCAUUUUUUUUAGUUCCAGUUGUUUACUUCACACUACAUCUCUCUCUCUCUCUCUGAACAAUAAUGAGAUAGUUUUAAUGAAAUUGUCCAUGAUUUUGUUUUUCUUUCUAUCGUAUUAAGAAAUUAUUGUUGCUGGAAUUUUUUUUCUUUUUCUAUGCAGUAUGAUUGAAAUUCUCCAACAUACUUUGUACUGUUCAGUUUAGCUAUCUUUCUAUGAACAAUGUGUAUCAUUCACACACAGACUUCUCUUCUCUGCCGCUUUCUUUGGCUGUUUGAACUUCACCGCAUCACUUGUUUUAUGUUGUGGUGUGUUAAAAGGACUGAUACUGGUUUGUAGUGAGUUGUGUGUGUGUGUCUCACUCUGUCACCUGCUCCCACCCAGCCCUGAUCCCACACCCGCUGGGACCCAUGACCCAGUGCAGCACUAUGACCUUUGACCUGAGAGAUGUGCUCCUGGGUUCCAGACAGGACAAAAAUAAUAAACACUUUUGGUUGUUUGUUUUUUAA